CGGGAGUAGGAGGCAGACGAGGCCACACACUCGACCAUGGCACCUCUACUGGCCCGUGUCCUCACCCACACAACACGCACGCCACUGUUCAUCAUCAGAGCCAUGUCUUCCUCCGGGUAUCUUAUCAAUGAACCCAAGUACGCUUUCCUGAAGGAGUUAGGAUUAGCUGAGAGCAACAAGGGUGUCUUCAACGGCAAGUGGUUUGGCAGAGGAGAGGUUGUGACGUCUAUGUGCCCUGCCAAUAAGCGCCCCAUUGCACAAGUUCAACAGGGCACAGUAGAGGACCUUGAUGCAUGUAUUAAAGCUGGACAGGAAGCAUGGCAGGUUUGGGCAGAUAUGCCAGCACCGGCAAGAGGUGAGAUUGUCAGGCAGAUUGGUGAGGCUUUACGUGAAAAAUUGGAACCACUUGGUAAACUAGUGGCUUUGGAGAUGGGUAAAAUAAAACCCGAGGGUAUUGGAGAGGUGCAAGAAUAUGUCGACAUUUGUGACUUUGCUGUGGGUUUAUCUCGUAUGGUGGGUGGCUCAGUGUUGCCCUCUGAACGACCAGGACAUGUCCUUAUGGAAAAUUGGAAUCCUCUUGGUGUUGUGGGUGUUAUAACUGCUUUCAACUUCCCUGUUGCUGUGUAUGGAUGGAAUAGUGCUGUUGCCAUGGUCUGUGGAGAUACAUUGCUGUGGAAGGGUGCCCCAAGCACACCUUUAGUGUCAGUGGCCACAACCAAGAUAGUUGCAUCUGUACUAGAGAAGAACAACCUUCCUGGCGCAGUGUCUUCUUUGUGCUGUGGUGGAGCAGAUGUUGGCACAUCCAUCGCAAAGGAUGAGAGGAUCCCUUUGGUCUCCUUUACUGGGUCCACAAAAGUUGGUAAACAGGUGGCACUGAUGACACAAGAGCGUUUUGGACGACAUUUGCUUGAACUUGGUGGUAACAAUGCCAUUAUUGUGGAUGAGGAUGCUGACCCAGAGAUGGUUGUAAGAGCAGCAUUGUUUGCGUGUGUUGGUACUGCUGGACAGAGGUGUACAACCACACGUAGACUGAUCCUACACGAGACACUGCAUGACUCCGUGCUAGAGCGUUUAGUUAAGGCUUAUAGUAGUUUUAUGCCUCGCAUUGGAGACCCUCUUGAUGAUGGUGUAUUGUAUGGACCCAUGCAUUCACAGCAAGGAAUUGAUGGAUACUUGGCAACCAUUAAGGAAGCACAGUCUCUUGGAGGCAAAAUUAUGUAUGGUGGCAAAGUUAUUGAUCGUGAGGGCUUCUACGUAGAGCCAACUAUUAUUACUGGUUUGCCUCACAACUCGCCUGUUAUCCACCGAGAAACUUUUGCCCCCAUUGUGUACAUUCUCAAGUGUUCAUCAGUUGAUGAAGGUAUAAGGUGGAACAAUGAAGUAAAGCAAGGCCUUUCCUCCUCUCUCUUCACUCAAAAUCUUGGCAAUGUAUUCAAGUGGCUCGGCCCUAAGGGUUCUGACUGUGGUAUCAUCAAUAUUAACAUCCCUACUAAUGGUGCUGAAAUUGGCGGUGCUUUUGGAGGCGAGAAGCACACUGGCGGAGGCCGAGAAUCUGGUUCAGACUCUUGGAAACAGUACAUGCGCCGCUCAACUUGUACCAUCAACUACACCAAAGAACUUCCACUUGCACAGGGUAUCAAGUUUGAGUAACCAUUUGGAGUACUUUACUGUCCUAACUUUCUCCUGGUUAUUCAUUGAUGAUGUUACAGGAUGAAGAAUUAUCAAAAAAAUAUAUAAGUAUAUACAAAUAUUUUUUAAGUACAGUAUACAACUGGACAUGACUCUCACCUGCAUUCAGUAAUGAAAGAUCUUUAUGCUUGAGCCUUCCACAACACCUCAUUGAACAUGAAGAAUGUCUGGGGAAAAAUAUAUGUCUGAAAAUGUAAGCAACUUGAGUGUGAAUCAAGUAAAACAUGUCAGAUUUCAUUAGGUAUAGGUUCAAUACAUUAUAGUACAUGUAUUUCUAAUAUCAGUGAAACAAAAUUUGUCAAAUUGAAUAUGCUAUAUGCUUUCAUUAGCUACUAACUGCACUCGUUUCUUCUACAAAAAAAUUUAUAUGCAAAUACAGUAUUUUGUAUAUACUGUAUAUAUAUUUUUUGCAAUGGCCUUUUGUACCCCCACCGAUAAUGUUGUAGGAUUUAUUAAUAAAAUGGAAUAAUUUA